AUGGAUUAUGAAGAACCUGCUGCCCCAGCCAAAAAAUAUUGUGAAAUUUGUGAAAAAAAUGUGAUCCUAUGUCAAUGGAACGAGCAUGUGAAAGAAAGCGGACAUUUGAAACUCAUCGAGGGAAUUUUUUCGGGGAUGGAAGUUGAAGGUGCAAACGAUAAGGUGAAUAAGAAAAAGUGCGAAAUUUGUGAGGUUGAAGUGGAAGGAGACUGGAGUAAGCACGUUCGUCGAAAUAGACAUAAAAGACUGGUUGCUGAAUUACUUUCCGACAACUUUCGUGUUGUCAAGAGCUGUUUCAAGGGAAGAAUUGAAACUCUUAUUUAUGAAAAUAAGGAAGAGGAUAAUUUAAGCCCCUCUAAGUUUUUGAGUGAGGCAAAAGAGGCCAUUACGGAGAAGCUGGAAGAACAUUUGCAGAAGUUAACAUGCAUCAAGUUCAACCUAGAACUUUUCGGUGAGUUCAUAAAGCUCAAUUCAGAAGAUGAAAUGCAGCUGAGCAUUAAGUCGUUUAACACUAAAAUGAAAAUAGCGCUAUCAGAUUCAGAACUCUCCCCCGCAUUUUCUGAUAUGGUGGAUGAAAUAGAAACUAAAACUCAGGAGUUCCAGGAAAAAGAUAGCGGUUGGGCAUUGCUCAGAAUAUUGCAUGUGGAAAUCAAUAUAAAUCAAUAUACACCUAUAAAAGGUUCAAGAUACUUGCAACUACCAGAAUUCGUUUUGAGAAAAAGAGCUUGCAUAAAUGUACGAAACGAGGAUGCAUAUUGCUUUAAAUGGGCAAUAAUCUCUGCUCUUUUCAGCAAAGGAAAGCACAACCUCGAAAAAACAGAAACAUAUAGAAUAAAUGACAUCACCGCAAGAGUUCUAUAUAAAAAUGGCCAAAGGCUAGAUUUUGGAAGCCUACAGUUCCCCCUUAAACUAGGAGAAAUCUCAGAAUUCGAAAGGUUAAAUCCAACAAUCAGUAUUAAUGUUUUCGGGCUCGAUGAAGAAAAAAAGAGUAUUGUAGGACCAUACUACAUUACAAACGAGGAGAAGCAAAACCAUAUAAAUUUGCUACUUCUAAAAAAAGAAGAGUUAUCCCACUACGUUUGGAUUAAAAAUGUAUCAAGACUUAUAUCAAAUCAAGUGAAAAAUUAUAGAGAAAAAACUUGGUUUUGCAACAUGUGUUUGCUAGGAUUUCGAUCAGAGGCUAAAUUAACUUCACAUAAAAGUGAAUGCUGUAGGAUGGUUACAAAGAUGCCCAAAGAAGAUAAAGCCUCCUUAAGUUUUGAUCAUCCUGAAAGGCAAAUGAAUGUCCCAUUCGUCAUCUAUGCCGAUUUCGAAUGCAUACUGGAGGAUGUUGCGAUAGAUUCAGGUACAAAUAAUUUAAUCCAAAAACAUAUUCCGUGUGCUGGCGGUUAUUUUAUUAAAUCAAAUAAUAGUAAUUUAAGUAAAUUUAGAUCAUUUAGAGGUAGUAAUUGUAUUAAAGAUUUUUUAGAUUCUCUAGUAAGGGACUGUUUAGAAUUAUUUACGAUAAAACCCAAACCUAUGAAUCAACUCUCUGAAAUAGAUUUAAGCUAUCAGAAGAGCUGUCGGGUUUGUCAUAUUUGCAAUAAAAGCUUAGGGUUAGAUCGAGUUGCUGAUCAUUGUCAUUACACUGGUAAAUAUAAUGGUCCGGCACAUAACUCUUGCAACUUAGCCUAUAAAAAACCAAAAUUCUUCCCGAUUUUCUUGCACAAUUUCUCGGGCUAUGAUUGUCAUUUGUUAAUUAAGGAACUUGCUUUACUUAAGGGUAAUAUUUCAAUAAUUCCCCUUAAUAAAGAAAAAUAUAUUUCCGUUUCAAAGACGAUCUAUUUACCUGAUAAAAAGUCGUUUGAAUUGAGGUUUUUAGAUUCAUUUCGAUUCAUGCCUUCUAGCCUAGAUGCAUUGGCAAAGAAUCUAACAACAAACGACUUCAAAUUAAUUCGUUCCAACUUUCCAAUUGAAGAAGAAUUUAAGCUUCUCACUAGGAAAGGAGUAUUUCCAUAUGACUAUAUAAAGUCAUGGGCAAGUUUAGAAGAAAAAAAUCUUCCUCCACAAAAUAAUUUUGAUAAUAAGUUAACUGGAGAACCUUGCUCAUUAGAUGAGUAUAGUCAUGCGAAAGAAGUGUGGAAUACUUUUAAAUGUCAACGCCUUUUAGACUAUAUGGAGUUAUAUUUAAAAACCGAUAUUCUGCUAUUAGCAGAUAUUUUUGAAAAUUUCAGGGCCCCGGGAUUAUCUUGGGACGCGAUGUUAAGAACAACAAAAAUCAAUCUUGAGCUAAUUCGAGAUAUUGACAUAUAUAACUUCAUAAAAAAGGGGAUAAGAGGAGGCAUAUCUCAAUGUUCCCAUCGACAUACUGUUGCUAACAACAAAUAUAUGAUCAACUAUGACAAGGAAAAAGAAUCGCAAUAUUUGAUGUAUGUUGAUGCAAACAAUUUGUAUGGUUGGGCUAUGUCAUCUCCUCUUCCAUAUUCUACGAUUAAAUGGGUAAGUGAUUUUGAAAAUAUUGAUCUAAUGAAUAUUUCAGAUGACUCUGAAAUAGGAUAUAUUUUCGAAGUUGACUUGGAAUAUCCUAAUUCUUUGCAUGAUUUGCAUAAUGAUUUACCAUUUUGCGUGCAAAACAAAAAGGUUAAUAAUUCCAAGUUUACUAAACUUAUUGCAGAUUUAACUCCGAAAUUCAAUUAUGUCAUUCAUUAUAAAACCCUUCAGCAAUGCAUUGCUAAUGGGUUGAAAAUUGUUCGUGUGCAUAGGAUUUUAGAAUUCAAACAGUCUCGUUGGCUUCAAAAGUACAUAGACUUGAAUAAUCAGCAUAGAACUCUUGCCACCAGUGAUUUCGAGAAAAAUUUUUUCAAAUUAAUGAAUAAUAGUGUUUUCGGAAAAACAAUGGAAAAUGUAGACAAACGAAAAGAUGUUAAAAUUGUGACUUCUUGGGAAAACCGUAAAAAGCGUCUUGGAGCUAGAGCUCUGAUAGCAAGGCCGAAUUUCCAUAGUUUGACCAAAUUUACAGAAAACAUGGUAGCCAUUCAAAUGAAGAGAAGUUUUCAAAGUGGAAAAUGUAUGACUUCCACUACAGCUAUAUGA